CGGCACCUGACAGCACAAAGGUCAUUGGUGCAACGAUAUAAAAAAUGCUUUACAACUGGUUUCAGAACUCCUGGCUUGAAGACUUGCCAUUUGGGAAAACGGUUUUAACAAAUAAGAGAUUGUUUUUACCCCCUGAAAUGUAUGUUGUUUUGUUUGAACAUCCAGCAGUUCAUAACAUUAUGUCUACACAAAGAAAAGCUACACAUCUUCACAUUUAGGGAACUGGAAUCCAGAAAUGUUUUAUUGCAGACUUCUUAUAAAACCCCGAUGAAAGUUUUCCAGGAUCACACCGCAUCAGGCGCAUACAGGCAUCCUUAAACCUCAACUUCUUUACAAAUAGGUCACUCCUUUGUGGGACUGUAACAAGAGCUCCAUUUUGCUAACAAGAGCUUUUACACGCACGUUAUUAUUUCAGUUAACUUUCAUUUAGAUGGAGCUGUAGUAAUGAUGACUUUCCUUCUAGUUUAUCCAUGCUAACGUGUUUCUGGAUUCACACUCUAUACAGCAAUGUAAAGAUGAAAUAAUUUUUCCAAAGAAGGGCUAAUUCAAUCCUAAUAGCUGUUUAGAAACCACUCUUUUGUGUCCGUGGAAAGGCUUCACCUGGUAGUCUGCCUCUACAGGUGUGCAAUACGUGGGUGUAGCUGCUAAACCUGUAAUGCGCCAGACGGAACAAGGUGCAUCACACGACUCAUUUGUCAAUCGGCCUCAGACAAAGCGAAGGAUGUGUUUGAAGCCCGGCAAUCCCUCUGAACCAUGCAGGAUGACGGCCAAAGACCUGGAGACGGAGGAGGUUCACCUGUCCAACAACAUAAUUGUACCGAGUCAAGUGGAGAGCGCGUGCGAGCCCGACCCCGACAUUCCUCCCACUGGAGUCCUGAAGGAGACGGGUCGAAACUGGGGCUGGAUUCUGUCUGGGAUCAUUUGUAUGAACGUUUUAAUCCUGGGCUGCGUCUUGGUUAGCGGCAGUGCCAACAAUGAGGUGAACAUCGGCAGCACUGACCUGCAGAUCUUCCUCAUAGUCCUCCUCCUCCUCACCUCCUUCUGGAUGGUUUAUUAUCUCAUCCACACGGUCAGGAAAGAAAAUGCUGUUGACUACAAGGAUGGCCGUGCUGGACCUAUAUGGCUCCGGGGAGGACUUGUGCUAUUUGGAUUGCUCAGCAUCCUCAUGGAUAUUUUUAAGAUAGCCAGCUAUGCGGGAUACCUCCAGUGCGAUUCUGCCGUUAAGGUUGCAUUUCCUGCGGUGCAACUCGUCUUUGUACUUGUGCAGACAUACUUUUUGUGGAUGCACGCCAAGGACUGUGUGCAGCUACAAAGGAACUUUACACGGUGCGGGCUGAUGCUCACCCUCUCAACAAACCUCGUUGUGUGGAUCACUGCAGUGACUGAGGAGUCAGUUUACCAUGACGCAGCACCCGAAAGUCCAAGCAACAUCACUCAAAUCUCAGGGCGGAGCCUGUACAUCAAUAAAACGGGCUAUGGAGACGAAGCGUGCACGUGCAGCUACACGUCAUGUAGCAUCUUCAAGGAGGCCUACUACUACUUGUACCCCUUCAACAUUGAGUACAGUCUCUUUGCCUCAGCCAUGGCAUACAUCAUGUGGAAAAAUGUGGGCAGAGUGACAGAAGAAUGUGAUGCCAAAAUCAAAUUCCGUUUGAAGAAUAUAUUAAUCGGUCCUGUGGCAGGAAUUCUUCUUCUGGUGUCGGGUCUGGCGACCUUCGUCUUGUAUGAGAUGGCCAUGGUUAACGGAGGUGGUGAUGAUGACCAAAAAGACAAAGCAUUGUUAAUGCACUUUGUCAUGAAUAUAGUGAUAGCGACCCUGAUGUCGGUCUCCACUGUGAUUGGCUGUGCCAUCUACAAGGUGGACCACAGGGAGCACGUAUCAGAGAAGAACCCCACACGGAGCCUGGAUGUGGGGCUGCUGAUCGGAACCUCGCUGGGGCAGUUCAUCAUCAGCUACUUCACCAUUGUAGCGAUGGCUGCAACUGGAGCCGAAGGCUACCUGAACAGGCUCAACCUGGCCUGGGCUGUCCUGAUGGUGAUCCAAAUCGGCCUGCAAAACUUUUUUAUCAUCGAAGGGCUACACCGGGAGCCCUUCCACAAGGUGCAGGCGGCCACUGUGAUUCAAAAUCCAUAUGUGCCUCAGCCGGGCAAAGAGGGAAGCAACUUUGAUGGAUCAGACAAGAACACGAUGCCCAGUCCGGCCGUCGCUGCACACAGUCUGCACGGACAUACGACCGAGCACAAGCCCAAGCUGUUGUGGAAGAGACGGAUUUUGAAGGAGGUCUGUGCGUUUCUGCUGCUGGGCAACAUAAUACUGUGGAUCAUGCCAGCAUUCGGUGCUCGUCCCCAGCUUGACCUCGACACUGAAACGGAAUUCUACAAAUUAAACAUGUGGGCUGCGAUUGUAAAUAUCGGACUUCCCUUCGGCAUUUUUUACCGCAUGCAUUCAGUCGCUAGUCUGUUUGAGGUUUUUCUGACCUCAUAACGCUCCAGGAGCUUACAACAGUCCACUAUUUUAACAAUUUAAAGUAGUUUUGUAUAAAUUAUAGUUUGUUUUGAUGUUUCUUUGUUGUUUCUCAAUACAUUGGUGAAGUGAAUUUUUGUCGAACAAUGUUCUGCAUGAUGUUAAAGCCUGUACCAAUUUAAAUGUAUUCAAAAUAUUA